GGCAUUACUGGGGUCUGUCAGUCGAAGCCGAGCUUUACAAUCGAUCAUAAUGAAAUCUUUUCUAUUAAUUGCCAUCUCAGCUUGCGGUUUGCUCUGCAUUGCUGCCGAUCCCCAACAAACAUAUGAUGGCCGGAACGGACCUCACGUCUUCGGUUCACCUGGCAAUCAGGUCUACAUCAGGGGCCAGAACGAAGGCGCCUACUCGGUGCCCGGCGUGGGUGGUCAGUUCGAGAACUCGGCAUCCAGGGGUGAGCAUGUGUACACCGAUGAACGAGGCAACACCUAUGUGAACCGCAAGAAACCCGCCUCUCACACUAUUAGCGGCCCUGGCUUGACGGCUCAAAACUUGGGUCCCGCUCGCCCGGAUGGUCUCUAUGGAGGACAGACAGCCGGCUCUCGCCCACCCCGUAGCCCUCAGUUCCACGUAGAGCGUCCCGAUCGCACUGUGGAUGUCGGCAAUGGCGGAUUCUCCAUUCAGCGCAGUCGCCGCAGCCCCCAGCUCGUCGUCCAGCGUCCGGAUCGUGGAGUCAUCGUUGGCAACGGUGGCGUCUAUAUUCAUCGCAGUCGCCGUAGCCCCCAGUUCCACGUGGAGCGUCCUGAUCGCACUGUUGACUUCGGACCCGGAGGAUUUGUGGUUCGACGCAGCCGCCGCGGUUCUCCCCGCGUCCAGGGUGAAAACUUUGUGGCUCGAGGGGAUCAGGCCGGUGUGUGGAAUGACCAGGUCUCUGUUUGGAAGCGCCCUGAUGGUCGCACUGUUUCUUUGGACCAAAAUGGAAAUGCAAUCGUCUCUGGACGACAUGGCACUCAGCGUGUAAGUAUUCCUAAUCUUAAAAGAAAUCGAAUUCCGUUUGUAAUUAUCUUUUUUUCUACUUUAUAGUACUCCUAAGCG